AUGGCCCCGCCCAAAGCCCCCCUUCCGGCCCGCCUGAUCGCAGGGGACUUCCUGGGCUUCAACUGGAACAGGGUGACGUGGAUGGCGCCGUACAACAACUUCUACCCCAUCACGGUCUGCGGGGGCCUCGGCGGACGUCUCUGGUCGUCGUUCAUUCAGUACGGCCACUUCCACAACCGCACCGGCUACAAUGUGCUGCGCAACGGCAUGCUGGCCAUUCCGUCGGCCUUAGCCGCCUUCGUCAUGAUCUCGAACGUCGACUGGUACCAGGGACUUGCGUGUGCAUGCUUCUGCCUGCGGCAGGACGUGCCGGCGUGGGCGCAGGCGAAGUACGCAGAGGAGAUGGUGUACCUCUCCUGGAACAAGCCCGGCGUGAUGGCGAAGCACCACUACGCCGGCUCCGUCUCGAUUCCCGGCACGGAGAAGCUCAUCACUGAGUAG